AUGGCGCAGGCAGCAGCGCCACGCCUGACGGCGAUCGACAACCACUUGGCAGCCAUCUGUGGCGCCGGCGCUGACGCAUACAGCUUUGGUUACGUGUAUUCGGGGACACCACAGGCCGCCGCCGCUGCGUCGGCGUCGGCAUGCGCGUUUGUGCAGCCGGGCUCGGCAGGCCCGGGGGUCCUGCAGCGGGCGCUGGCCGCCCUUAAGCAGCCCCCCGUCCAAGCAUCAG